CUUCGUACACGAGAUCAGGAGCGAACGACAUACACGUGGGUUUCUGUCUGUCUCUGCCCCAGAAGGCUGAUUUCAAAUAAUGGUCGAUAGCUUAGAUGAUGAGUGGUGGAUAGAGAAGGGUGAAGUUGAAGAGGAAAAAGAAGACAUAUCUCUUCCACUAGAAAAGAAAAGAAAAUUUGAGGGAUGUGAUAGUGAAAUUGACACUCCACAAAAUAAAAAGUCAAAAAGAAAAAACAAGAAAAAAACCCUGAGUCAAGUCCUUGCUGAGCAGAAGCCUGAAGCAGUAACAUGUUCAGACUUUAUAGAUUCAGUUCAGAAACAUUUUCAAGACAAAUUAUCAGCAGUGGAAAUGGAUGAAGUGCAGCUUGAUGACAGUCAUUUUAUGAAAUGUGCAUCCUUGAACUGCCAGGUGGCUGACUAUAUGAGACAGGUUCUCCCCAAGUGGAAGCGUUUGGUGAAAGUCCAGAAGCAGGAGAAUGGAGCACCUCUAGUGCUGGUUAUUUGUAGUGCCGCAUCCAGGGCAGUUCACCUCAACAGAGAAAUACAGAAAACAUUCAAAGAAAAGUGUAAAGUGGCUAAACUAUUUGCCAAGCACAUGAAGAUAGAAGAACAGAAGAAGUACUUGGACAGUACAGUGAUCCAGAUGGGAGUAGGUACACCUCACAGGAUAAAUGCCCUUAUUGAGGAAGGUGCUCUAAAAGUUGACCAGAUUCAACACAUAAUUCUUGACUGGAUGUGGCGAGACCAGAGGUUGCGGCAAAUGAUAUCUAUACCAGAAAUCAAAGAGGAACUUUUAGAACUCUUCAAGAAGCACCUUUUUAAGCUUGUUAGACAGAAGAAUGUUACAAUAGGCCUUGUAUGAUGUGUUUGAGCGUAUUUGAUUUUUUUUU